CCAAUUGCAAAUUCAAUUAAAAGACGAGCGAAAUCACACCCGUUUUUUCGUACAUAUAUAUGUAUGCCACCGGCCCAGAUUUACCAUUGGUUUGAAGUGAACUUCCGUCUCCGGAUAAUGGGUCUGGGUAAAGCGAAAAAUGUUGAAAGACUCUCUGAAAAAGAAGCCAUUGAACUUGGUGGUGAAAUGCUGGGGGAGUUUGUUGUCUUUGGGCUGGCUUGUCUUGUCGUGGGAAUGGAGUAUCAACGCAGUUCCAAAAAAGAAGCAGCCAAGGAGGAGAAAGCAAGGAAUGAACUAAAUACCAUCAAGUCCAAAAUAGAAACUUUAACCACUGUCACAGAGAUUCAGGAGAGUCAGAUCAGAGAGCUACAGAAACAGGUGGACACUUUAACAGCAGAGACAGUGAAUAAGCCAGAGAAUACUGGCUAUGUCAAAAGGAUAUUGGGGGGGAAAUAGUACAGUUUGCUCUUGUGUACGAAUGUGAUUUUAGUUUUUCCUUUGCCUGAUAGUGAUAGUUUAAAAAAGGAAUAAAUAUAAAAUAAUAUAGUAUUGUUGGAUUUAUAGUGAAUUGGUUUUGAAUUGUCAGAUAGUUUUCUAUGAAUAAGCAAAUGAUAUCUAAUUUUAAAUUGCCUAGACUGAUGGUGUAAAUGGAGAGAAAAGUAUUAGAACCGGGAAUGUAAUUAGUUCUGACUACAGAUUAUGUUGGUUGUAAAUGAUGCUGAGUUUUUUCUUAUGUUGACAACUGAGAUAUUUCAGUACACAAAGCCUUGCAGAACCCCUUGCCACCUGUGGUUCAGACAUUUUAAAACAUCAACAGUCAACUUAUUUUACCUUGUACCUUUCAUAGCUGGUUUUUGUGUGGUUGAUAACUGCUGUUUCUACAGUGUGUGUGUGUGUAUCACUGACUGCAGCUAGUAGGGUGAAUGUGAGUUUAAAUGGCUACAGCUAGCACAGUGUUUGAUUGCCAAUGCUUCGAUAUAUUUACAUUGUAAAUGUCAAAGCUGAUAUCUAAAAUCUACCUGCUUGUGAUCAAUGCCUCUAUGAAUUAUGAACAUUUGUGUAUGUAAAUAAAUGAAAUUUGUUUGGAAAUAAAGUCUGUAUGCUA